AACAUCAACCCCUCACAACCCCAACUUCAACAACACAGCUUCUGCAACUAUAGGGCUCAUCACAAUCAAUUACGAUAUAUCUGAAACUAUCAUGGUAUACAACUACAACCUCCCAACAACAUCCCACCUCUCAUUCCAAAACUACAUCUACUCCAACACCCACCCCUCACUUCCACAAGCCGCAUCCACCGCCCGACACGCCCUCCGCAUCGCCCUCAAAACACACAAACGCCUAUCCGUGCGAGAACAAGAGAAUAAUCUACUAGUUGUCCUCAAUGCCUUGAAUGAGUAUAUACCAUACCUCUUCGCGAUCAAUGAUGGUUUGAGCGGGAGAAGUAUCAGGACCGGCGGGGGGGUGGAUGAGGAGGAAACGAUUGAUAUCACGCUCAAAGAGGAAUUGGUUGUUGAAUGGCGGCCGGUGUUGAUAUCUUCGUUGUCGUCGAUAGUAAAAUCUGCUGGUACCGGGAACGCGAAUCAUCGUAUCAAAGGUCGCGGCGUCGAUUUUGAGAUUGCUUUUGUGGUUGGGACAUUGGGAUAUGUUCUUUCGAAUUUGGCAAGAGUCACAGUGCUACGGAUAUUAUAUGCUUCAUCUACACCUACCGCGGAACAGAGAGCGGCCGCGAUGCAGAAUGCGACCAAGUACUUGCUUCAGGCAAGUUCGGCUCAUACACUACUCGCAAAAUCGUUUACGAUAUCAGAUGAAGCUGCCGGCGCACAGGUAAAUUAUGUCCCGCAGUUGAACACAACCGUACAAACGGCGCUUGCAACCUUGGCAUUAGCAGAAGCGACACUUCUGGCAGUUUUGAAAGACGAUGCAUACACCUUUGCGUGUAUUCAAGCGCGCAACCCAAACGACAAGGAAUGGAUGGUUCGAGCGCCGGAAAUCCCCAAGGUGAGAGCAUUACUUCUCGCUCGACUCUGCGUUCGCAGUGCCGAACACGCGGAACAAGCGUUUAGCGGUCUUGGGUCUGCAGGUGCUAGUCGAUCGAGUACCUCAUCCGCAGCAGCGGCCAAAAUCGAUGAAGAUCUGGUAAAAUACGUCCAAACAGUCAUCAAAGUCUCUCGCGCAAAGGCAUGUCGAUUCUUCGCUAUCGAUGCUGAGUUGAGCAGUAAAGUCGGUGAGGCAAUUGCCUGGCUACGAGCAGGGAAAGGCGCAUUGGGUAUAAAACGGGCUCUUGUUCCGGAGGGACAAUCUACAGCUGGGAAAUCGGGGACGUUCUCAAAGCUGAAGAAAGAAUGGUCAGAUCGUCGUGAUGAGCGGAGAUUGGUAAAGAGUAGUAGUAAUGCUGGAACCUCAGGGAUUGUGCAAGGGGAUGAAUUGAGUCGUGGUGAUGAUGCGGGCUGGGAAGAGGAAGGGAGGGUUAUUGAAACGUUGGAGUUAAAGUGGGUUAAGAUGAACAAUACGAUAAAUACACAAACCAUUCCGCCUUCAGAACCAUUGCUAUCAAAUCUCCCAUCAGGGAGAGAUAUCCACGCUGCUCCGCCGUCAUACAAGCCUCCGUCAUUGGAAGAGAGCGAAUUAAUCCGUAUGCGUGCUCCGCCGGAGAAAAUUGACCAGUCGUUGUCUGCGAUGACAUUAGAAGAUGACAGUGAAGAUGAAGUCACGCCAGCAGCAGAGAGAGGUCUUCCCGGUGGUUUUCUUAGUUCAAGAUCAGCGACGGCCGACAGUUACUAUUGAGCUAUUGUACUUGUUGGAUGAUACCCUGUAAAAGCCCGAUCGGACUAGUCUAGUCUUGAUCAAUAUUCGAACUUGAAAGAUGGAACAAAACAGAUGAACUUGUGCAGUAGAUAUGUACAAUAAUACACUUGAGACUCCUUCAUAGCCUCCCAUCACUCGUCUAUAGUCCGCAACACAAUUUUCUAAAUAUGGGCCCAGGAUCCCUCCGCAAACUCAAAUUCAACGUAAAGCCGUCGCGACCAUAAUUGCGUUGGAAUCGGAAAGCCCCUUUGAUCCGAUCGUGAAUUUCCCGUCUUUUCGCAUUUAUGAGCCCUUGCUGAAAUAAUUCUUCUCUUCGAACAGAUAACCCUUAAUCUUGCGCUCC